AUGAGAGCGACAUCCUCUGAUCCCGACGGCGGCCUUCUCCCCGAUAUCCGCGCCCAAUUGACAGUCUUCGACCACCUUCGUCAUCGUCGACCCCUCGCGUGUCCUAGGCGACGAUGGCGGUUGUGCACCAUGCCGCCGCCAGCCCCUAGAUCGAGUCUGCGACUCGCCCCGCACUUCGCCCUUUUCAUCGAGGACGCCUACUCUUCACCAUUGACAGCGACUUCACCUUCGCUCUGCUGGCCAUGCUCGCUGCGCCAUGCUUCUCGGUCGCCAUCGGCCAUGGCGAGGUCAGUGCGGAUAUAUGGAUCGGUUAGAUUCGCGUCUACAGCGACCAAUUCGCGAUUCCUCAACAACACAUUCUUCAACCCCUCCGACCCGCGCCAGCGCCUGCGACCAAAUUAUUUCCUCUCAAACCACUUCCUCCGCGCCAAUGCCACGUCCGUAACCUCCCCGACAUCCAAUAGUUCACCUCCCGACUUAAACACUCUUCCCCCGCACCGCAGGCGACAGGCCCUCAAGCGCAAUGAAGCCGACCAAACCUCCCUCCCCCUCGACGCCUCUGCGCGCCUAGCCAACGCAGCCGCCCAACAUCCCUCACACUCCCUGCGCCGCAAGCUCUCGGCCCUCCUUUCCCUCUCCAAACCCCGUCUAACUGUUCUCGUUGUCCUCUCCGCCAUGGUCCCUUACGCCCUCUACCCCGUCCCUUCCUUUCUCUCGUCCGCCGCCCUCGACGCAUCAACCCCUUCCCUCUCCCCCCUCACCUUGCUCUUCUUAACCACCGGCACGGCUCUCUGCUCCGCCUCCGCCAAUGCCCUCAAUAUGCUCUACGAGCCCGACACCGACGCCAAGAUGUCUCGGACCCGCGCCCGUCCCCUGGUUCGUGGCCUUCUGACCACGCGCGCGGCAGUACUCUUUGCUAUCCUAUGCGGUCUGGCCGGCACAGCAGGCCUCUACUGGGGCGUCAACCCGACCGUGUCCUUCCUUGGCGCAGCAAAUAUCGUCCUCUAUGCGGGAGCUUACACCCCCCUCAAACGCAUCUCGGCAAUCAACACCUGGGUCGGCGCCAUCGUGGGCGGUAUCCCGCCGCUCAUGGGCUGGGCCGCCGCGGCGGGGGAGAACGCCGUCGGAGACGGCGGGUGGCGAGAGCUUCUCUUCGCGAGUGACGGCUCCUCCUUAGGAGGCUGGCUCUUUGCCGGCCUGCUUUUUGCGUGGCAGUUCCCGCACUUCAUGCCUUUAUCUUGGGGCAUCCGCGAGGAGUAUAAAGCGGCUGGUCUGCGCAUGCUAUGCUGGAUUAAUCCAGCCCGUAACGCGCGUGUUGCGCUGAGGUGGAGCAUUGCUUUCAUCCCGCUGUGUUUCGGGUUGUGCUUGGCGGGGGUGACGGAGUGGAGUUUUGCGGUGACCAGCACGCCGGUGAACUUGUGGCUUGUGAGGGAGGCAGUGCGGUUUUGGAGGUUUGAGGGGCAUAAGGGGAGUGCGAGGGCCCUGUUUUGGGCAAGUGUCUGGCAUCUGCCGGUUAUCAUGGUGCUGGCGUUGGUGCAGAAGAAGGGGUUGUGGGCUAGGGUUUGGAGGGGGGUUGUUGGGACGGGGGAGGAGGAGUUUGAGGAAGAGGAGGAGUGGGCGAUGGAUGAGGAAGAGGAGGAAGAGGAGGAAAGUGUCCCGGCGACGACUGUCUCGGCGAGGAGGUGA